UCUGGGUCAUUCGGCUGCAGUAUUAGAGAUGAUCAGAAAACACAAGUCAUCUGACGGCUGUCGUCGUCCCUAAAACCCGCGUGGGGGCUUCGUGCCUCGGGGACUGAUGGCUUUAAGUUGGGUCACUCUCUGGCCGUGACAUAAGUUAUGGAAGAGGCUAUGGCCAUUAUUUUUGCCCCUGUUCGUGGUUCCUGAAUUUCUGGUUGCUGAACAGAGAGUUUUGAGGUUUUGAUUCAUAUGUAUAACCUUUAAGUGAAACUUGCUUAAAAUUUUAGAUCAUACAGAGAAGAGAGACUCCACUCAACAGAAUCAACAAUAAGGUGGAAGAGAGUAAUGUUGUCCUUAAACAACCUACAAAAUAUCAUCUGUAACCCGGUGAUUCCCUACGUUGGCACCAUUCCUGAGCCGUUGGAUCCUGGAACUUUGAUUGUGAUACGUGGGCAUGUUCCUAGAGAUGCAGACAGAUUUCAGGUGGACUUGCAGUGCGGCAGCAGUGUGAAACCUCGGGCCGAUGUGGCCUUUCACUUCAAUCCUCGUUUCAAAAGGGCCAACUGCAUUGUUUGCAAUACUCUGACCAGUGAAAAAUGGGGAUGGGAGGAGAUCACCUAUGACACGCCUUUCAGAAAAGAGAAAUCUUUUGAAAUCGUGAUUAUGGUGCUGAAGGACAAAUUCCAGGUGUCUGUCAAUGGAGGACACGUUCUGCUGUACAGCCACAGGAUUAGUCCCGAGAAGAUCGACACCCUGGGCAUUUACGGCAAGGUCAAUGUCCACUCGGUCGGGUUCAGCUUCAGCUCGGAUUUCCAGAGUACCCAAUCGUCUUCUCAGGAACUGACACAGAUAAACAGAGAAAAUGGACAGAAGUCUGGCGUGACAUCGUUUACCCUGCCGUUUGCAGCAAGGUUGAACACCCCCAUGGGCCCUGGACGAACUGUUGUCAUUAAAGGAGAAGUGAAUACAAAUGCCAAAGGCUUCAAUGUUGACCUGUUAGUAGGAAGAUCAAAGGAUAUUGCUCUGCACUUGAACCCACGCCUGAACAUUAAAGCAUUUGUAAGAAAUUCUUUUCUUCAGGAGUCUUGGGGAGAAGAAGAGAGAAGUAUAACCUGUUUCCCAUUUAGUCCUGGGAUGUACUUUGAGAUGAUCAUUUAUUGUGACCUUAGAGAAUUCAAGGUCGCAGUCAACGGAGCGCACUUCCUGGAGUACAGGCACAGACUGAAGGAGCUGAGCAACAUUGACACGCUGGAGAUUGAUGGGGACAUCCACCUGCUGGAAGUAAGGAGCUGGUAGCCAGUGCAACUGCUGCAAGAACCAAAAUACAGAUGGCUUCCGAGAUGCUGGCCCCGUCAAAACACAUCUGGCGAUCGCUAUAUUAUUUAUAUUGUUAAAAGGAGCUUGCGUAACACAAA